AUCUAAGCUGCGACCGCACGAGACGAGACAGGACGCGCGCGCGUUUACUUUCACUUUGACUGCUCACGCGCGGCACGCUGGUCGGAGAAAUGUUUUGGAUCCAGAGUGAAGAGUGAAGUGUUUCACCGUGGAAUGUUAUUUGCUUUUAGAAGACCACGGACCAGUCCAAGCAUAUUUUGCAUUCGGCUUUAUUUCCCAACAUGCCUGGAUUAAAACCAGCUCCGGUGUUUAUGACAUGGAGAACUUUAUGAACUUGUUCGCCUGCUCAUGAUGGACUGCUGGAUUUUUAAAUUCUGUGCCAUUACUAUGGCAUGUCACGUGACCGUUGUGGUCCUCCUGUGCCAACUAGUGACUGCUGCGUUCCCGCUGGAGAUCGGAGGUUAUGAUGGUGGUGAGUGGGGCAGACCGACAAAAUGCGAGAAGAUCACCAUUCCUAUGUGCCAAGGAAUCGGGUACAACAUGACCAGGAUGCCCAACUUCAUGAAAUAUGAUAGUCAAGAGGAGGCAAGUAGAAAACUCAGCGAAUUUGCUCCUCUGGUGGAAUACGGCUGUGAUGUGCACCUCCGCUUCUUCCUGUGUUCCCUCUAUGUGCCCAUGUGUACAGACAAAGUGUCCAACACUAUCCCGGCAUGCCGGCCUAUGUGCGAGCAAGCGAGGCAGAAAUGCUCUCCUAUUAUGGAGCAAUUCAGAUUCAGCUGGCCAGAUUCGUUGAACUGUUCCAAGCUGCCAACCAAUAAUGACCCUAAUUCACUGUGCAUUGAGGCUCCAGAGAAUGACACAGUGCCUGAGACUAGGAAAGGAGAAGGCAUGCUACCUGUUCCUGCCAGACCCAGGCAGUCUGGUAGCGGGCAUGAACAAUCAUCUGGGUCUUGUGAGAACCAGGAGAAGUACCAGUAUGUGGAGAGGAGCAAGUCAUGUGCACCACGAUGCACCCCUACUGUAGAUGUGUUCUGGUCCAGGCAAGACAAGGAUUUUGCUUUUAUCUGGAUGGUCGUGUGGUCUACUCUUUGCUUCGUCUCGACUGCAUUCACAGUCCUCACCUUCCUCCUGGACCCACAACGCUUUCAGUACCCUGAGAGGCCUAUUAUCUUCCUGUCCAUGUGCUACAACGUCUACUCGGUGGCUUUCAUCAUCCGUUCUGUGGCAGGCGCUGAGAACAUUGCCUGUGACAGGGAAAAUGGGCAGCUUUAUAUCAUACAAGAGGGCUUAGAGAGCACAGGCUGUACCAUAGUCUUCCUCAUUCUGUAUUACUUUGGCAUGGCCAGCUCUAUCUGGUGGGUCAUUCUCGCACUUACCUGGUUCCUUGCAGCUGGCAGGAAAUGGGGGCAUGAAGCCAUCGAGGCUCACAGCAGCUACUUUCACAUGAUCGCCUGGGGCAUCCCGGCUUUGAAGACCAUAAUCAUUCUCACCAUGCGCAAAGUGGCAGGUGAUGAGUUGACCGGACUGUGCUACGUUGGUAGUAUGGACACCAACGCUUUAACCGGGUUUGUUCUCAUCCCUCUUUCCUGCUAUCUGAUCAUCGGUACCUCUUUUGUCCUUACCGGUUUUGUUGCACUGUUCCACAUCCGUAAGAUCAUGAAAACCGAGGGCACCAACACAGAAAAGCUGGAAAAGCUCAUGUUUAAGAUCGGCAUCUUCUCUGUCCUUUACACCGUCCCCGCUACUUGCGUGAUCAUCUGCUACUUCUACGAGAGACUCAACAUGGACUACUGGAAGUUUCGUGCCCUGAAGAGCAAGUGCGUCUCUUUUCCUGGACGAAGGGUUGAGGACUGCUCGCUGGAGUCUUCUGUGCCUACUGUAGCAGUGUUCAUGCUGAAGAUAUUCAUGUCCUUAGUGGUGGGCAUUACCAGUGGGGUCUGGGUGUGGAGCUCAAAGACUCUUCAGACUUGGCAAGGCUUGUGCACCAGGAGGUUGUCCAUGAGGACGACUCACAAACCCUGUCCGAGCAUCAACUGCAGCAGCUCCCACUGUCAUUACAAAGUGACUGCAUUCCAUGCAAACAAAAGUGACUCGUGCGCAGACAGUCCCACGAGGGUUUGACAAACUGGUGGCACUUUGGAUGUAAUUUGACAUCAUUUGAACAAAACGGGCAUCUUAAAUGCCUACCCUUGUCAACAAAAGCAUUUAAAAGCUUCAGCCAUAUAAAACAGAAACAGUAAAGGCAAAGACUGUAACAGGUCAUGCUGAGUGAUGGCACGGUUUUGUGGUGCAACUGAAAUGUAAAUACAGACUUCAACAUUUCAUCUUGAACUUAUUAAUUUAUUACAGCUAUUUAAGUAUUGCUUGUCAAUGAAUGCACUAUACUGUACAUAUAAAAAGAUGCUCUGAAUAGCAGGGUGUAAGAAUUUGGAAAUAUUGUGUGUAUAUAUAAAUAUUUUUUGGAUGAUAGAAUAAUAAAAAUGAUGUAUAUAUUUUU